CUUCCGGUGAAUCCCAAGUGUCCCCUUCUGUGGCUGCAAGCCUUUGGCCUCGGUGGGUGCUAUUCGCGGAGCUUGUGGGGUCGGGGACACCAACAGGGCGGCACUGUGCAGGCGCUAGCUGUGCGAUUCAGGGUCCUCGCUGCUGGGCGGUGGCUCGAGUGGGACCGCAGCCGGAGCGCGAGCCUUUGGUGGAGACCGGAGGGGCCGGGCGGGCGGCGGCGCACCUGGCGCGGCGUGCAGCGACCUCGGCGGCCAGGCCGACUCUGCGGGACGGAGAUUUCUGCCUGUGCCUGCCAAAUAACUCCAGACCUCUGUGACCUUCGUUUUCUCCCGAGGUCCACCAGCAACAGUCAUUUACUUUCCCAAGAACAGCAGAAAAUGUACAGACUGCAGGGGCGAGUGUCAUUCAAGGAUGUGGCUGUGGACUUCACCCAAGAGGAAUGGCAGCAACUGGACCCAGAUGAGAAGACAACGUACAGGGAUGUGAUGCUGGAGAACUAUAACAACCUCAUUUCUGUGGGGUGUGAUGUUACCAAACCCAAUGUUAUCAUUAAAUUGGAGCAGGGAGAGGAGCCAUGGACAAUAGAAGAUGACUUCUCUCAUACUUGUUCAGAAGUAUGGAAGGUUGAUGAGCUGAUUGAAAGAAUCCAAGAAAAUGAAGACAAACAUACAAGGCAAGCUGUUGAUAUCCAUAGUCAAACCGUGUUGGAAGAGCAAAGGGACACAUUUGAUCAAAUUUAUAAUGUGGAAACAAAUCUUGUUCCUUCAAGCAUAAUAGCUCACAGAUGUGUCUCCUGUGGGAAGAAGUUAGAUUCUGUUUCAGAAUUAAUCAGUAGUGAUGGAAGCUAUGCAAAGAAGAAACUUGAUAUAUGUGAUGAAUGUGAGAAAAUUUGUCAUGGAGAAAACCUUUGUGAGUUUAAUCAAAGUGAAGACACUAGUUCUCAAAGUGAAGAAAGUAUUCUGCAGAAAAUUAAUGAUUUGGAGAAGCCCUUUGACUACGAUUGCAUGGAAGCCUUAGACAGCGAAGCUGUUUUCAUUGCUCAUCAUGAAGGAGCAUAUAUGAGGGAAAAGCCUUAUGAGUGGAAUGACUCUGAGCCAGACUUCAUCCAGAUGUCAAAUUUUAACUCCUAUCAGGGAUCACAAAUAGAAAUGAAGCCCUUUGAAUGCACACAAUGUGGAAAGUCCUUUUGCAAAAAGUCUAAAUUCAUCAUUCAUCAGAGGGCUCACACAGGAGAGAAACCGUAUGAGUGUAAUGUGUGUGGGAAGUCCUUUAGUCAGAAGGGAACACUCACUGUACAUCGCAGAUCACACUUGGAGGAGAAGCCCUAUAAAUGUACUGAGUGUGGGAAAACCUUCUGUCAAAAGUUACAUCUCACACAGCAUGUGAGAACUCAUUCAGGAGAGAAGCCCUAUGAAUGUAGUGAGUGUGGGAAAACCUUCUGCCAGAAGACACAUCUCACCCUACACCAGAGAAACCACUCAGGAGAGAGACCCUAUCCAUGUAAUGAGUGUGGGAAAUCCUUCUCACGCAAAUCAGCCCUCAGUGACCAUCAGAGAACCCACACAGGCGAGAAGCUUUAUAAGUGUAAUGAGUGUGGGAAAUCUUACUACCGAAAAUCCACCCUUAUUACUCACCAGAGAACACACACAGGAGAAAAGCCCUAUCAAUGUAGUGAAUGUGGUAAAUUCUUUUCAAGAGUGUCUUACCUCACUAUACAUUACAGGAGUCACUUAGAAGAGAAACCUUAUGAGUGUACUGAAUGUGGCAAAACUUUCAAUUUAAAUUCAGCCUUCAUCAGGCACCGGAAGGUACAUACAGAAGAGAAACUCCAUGAGUGUGGCGAAUGUGGGAACUUUUCUCAGUCAUAUCUCACUGACCAUGAUAAAACUGACAUAGGAGAGAAGGCCUAUGAAUGUAAUGAGUGUGGGAAACCUGUUCUUGAAAAUUCAGCCUUCAAUGAAAACCAGCCAGUUCCAGAAGAGGAGAAAACCUAUGAAUGUAAUAUAUGUGGAAAAUCUUUCUCUGAGUUGACUACCUAUACUGUACAUUACAGAGGACAUGCUGAAGAGAAGCCCUUUGGAUGUAAUGAGUGUGGGAAAACUUUCUCUCAUAAUUCAUCCCUCUUUAGACAUCAGAGAGUACACACUGGUGAGAAGCCCUAUGAAUGUUAUGAGUGUGGGAAAUUCUUCUCCCAAAAGUCCUAUCUCACAAUUCAUCAUCGGAUCCAUUCUGGAGAGAAACCAUAUGAAUGUAGCAAAUGUGGGAAAGUGUUCUCUCGGAUGUCAAACCUCACCGUACACUAUAGAAGCCAUUCAGGAGAAAAACCCUAUGAAUGUAAUGAAUGUGGAAAAGUCUUUUCUCAGAAGUCAUACCUCACUGUACAUUACAGAACUCAUUCAGGAGAGAAACCCUAUGAAUGUACUGAUUGUGGGAAAAAAUUCCACCACAGAUCAGCCUUCAAUAGCCAUCAGAGAAUUCAUAAAAGAGGAAAUAUGAAUGUAGUCAAUGUGGAACAUCCCUGAAAUCCAAUCUCAAUUUUUAGAAAAACUUCUGACUGGACGAAUAUGAGAAAUUGGGUAGGGAGCCUAGUAUUGUUAAUUUGACCAUUCAUCUUCCUGAAUGGGAAAAUUUUGAAGUGUUGGAUCCAUUUUAAUCUGAUUUUUCAGAGAAAAAUCUCUAACAGUACACCAAGUAGCAAAGCCUUCAAGAAGGCCAUGUAAUUCAUAGGACCCUAGAUAAUUUAUGCAGGCAUAAAAUUUUAUAAAUAUUUAUUUUAGUUUCAACUUGUAUAUACCUAUCAGGGAGUCAUACUAAGCAGAAAUAUCAAUAUGAAUGUGGAAAACAUACUGUCUUGAAAAUUGUUAUGCUAAAAGCCAUAUUUCUGAUGUAAAAACAAAUGUUUAUAGAAAAGAUAUCAGAAACUACCAGUUCUGAAUAAACGUUCAUUUUAUAAAAUGAAGUUUUAAAAUCAACAAGAGUUGAUAUGAGAAUUGUAGCAUUAAACUGCAUUUCCUAUUGUUUUUCAAAGCAAUCUAAUGGUAAUUCUAUGCAAUUCUAUUCAAGUUAGGAUUUGAAUAAUUUGUGAGAAGAUGGUCUUCUUACUUGAGUAUUGGGUGACAAAAUGUACUAACAGUGAUAUAUUGUUGGGAUAUUUGAUAGUUAUAUAAUGGUAAAAUAUAAUUUUCAGUUCUUUAGAGGAAUUUACAAGUCCAUUUUUAAAGAAAGCCUCAUCAGUAGAGGAGUGAUUUUCAACUUGAGCAAAAAAGGAUUUCUAAAAAUACUACUUUGGUAAAGUGUGCACACGUAAUUUGGGAUUUAGGCUGUUUUAGCAAAAGAACUAGUGCUGUAUGUGCUGUCCUACUCUAAAGUACCUCCAGUUCUCCACCUCGCGUGUUUUUAGAUCUAUAGAUUUGAGUACAUAGAAUUUCAUUCUGUAAUUGAGACAUUUUAUUUGAGUUUUUAUGUGAUACAGGUAUGACGGUCAUUUUAUUGCCCUUAUUCUCAUUACUUGGAACAAAUCAAUAUUAAGUUAAUAGCAGAUAUUUUCUGGUUAAUUAACUUCCUUCACUCGAUCCUGUAAAUCUUGAUGAGCUUACACCAAUAAUGAUCCAUUACAGUAGCAGCCUGUUCUUCACAGGGCAUCUGUUCCAAGGCCCCCAGGGGAUGUGUGAGAUGGCCGAUAGAUCCAGCCCUGCAUGUGCAGUGGCACUACAGCAAUCCUUCUGAAUACAUAUGUGGUUGCUAUGUCAUGGGUAGGUAGCAGAUACAGCAGAGAUUCAUUGGACAAAAGGGUGACUCAUGUUCCAGGCAGGAUGUGUAGGAUUUCAUCACACUAAUUAGAAUCAUGCACACAUUGAAACUUAUUUGUGAAAUUUCCCAUUUAAUAUUUUUGGACUGGCUAACCCUAUGAAACUGAAAAUGUACAAAGUAAAACUUUGGAUAAAGGGCUAUUGUAACUUGUUUAUAAUGGCCAUAUGACCCAGUCAUUCACAAACCAGGUUUGUUCUGGGAAAUGGGUAAACUGGUGAUCAAAUGGGUCUUAUUCCAGGAAUGCAAGAGUGGGUAAAUAUGACUUUAAGAAGUCAGUCACUGGUAAUCACAGAAAGGUGAUUUGGUACAUAGAAAACUCAUACAGUUAGUGUAUAUUUAUAAUCUUGGCACAUGUGGAUAGAAAGGAGCUUCCUUAAUUGGACAAAGAGUAACUUAAACUGUAAUGUGAUAUGCUUAAUGGUGACACAGUGAAAGUUUUUUUUUAAUGAUAAAAAGUCAAGGAUAUCGUCUAUCAUGGAGUUUUUUCAGCAUUUUACAAAAGGUCUUAGGGAGUUUUAAAAUUAUAUAUGUAUGUAAAACUAUGCAGAGAUAUAACUAACUUGAUCUUAGCCAAAAAAGGCUUAGAAAAUAGAAUAUUCUAUGUAAUAUUCAGAUAACUAGUGAUUUGAGCAAGGUCCCUGUAUAUAAGAUCAUUUUGCAAAAGUUUUUUAUUAUACCAACAAAAAAGAAAAUCUGAU